AUGGGUAUUUGUUAUGGGGUAUGUGAAUAGUAAGCAAAAAAUAUAGUAAAUCAAACUGCAAUAGUUACUGAGACAAUAAAAUAAGGAUUAUAAGAAGAUACAAUAAUAAGUGCAGAAAUUGAAUAGGAGAAAAGGUAUUUUCAUAUGGAAACAUGUGAAAUAUAUGAAGGAGACAUAGUUAAUGGAAUUCGGAAUGGAAAGGGGAGAUAAAUAUGGCCAGAUGGUAUAAACCGAAUGAUUUAGGUUCUUAUUAUGAGGAAAUUUUAUAAAUGAUAUGGCAGAUGGAAAGGGAAUAUUAGUAAAUUCAGAAGGGAAUGUAUAUGAAGGAGAAUGGUUAGAAGAUGAGGCAAGCAUUUUAGAAAAGUUAUAGCCAUGA